ACAAAGCCGGGGCCCCAGGCGAGCAGCCGGGUGGCGGAGCGCUGCCAGGGACCUGCCCUCGGGAUGACUCCGGAAAGCAGCCACCGGGGGAGGAAGAGCGAGAGUGAACCCCGGGCCGGCUGAGCGCAUCAGCUCGUGCUGCGGCAGAUGUGGCGGCACCGCUCCUGGGACGUUCCCCAGAGCCCUCCGGGGGACGUAGAUACGAGACUCCACCUGCCCCACAAAGGUGUCUUCCCUUGUCUCCAGGGCAGCCAGCCCGGUCGAUGGGGAUCCAGGAGGAUAAAGCACCGGCCGGCGGUGUAUAAGAAAGCUAUUGCCAAGUCCAGCCUCCAGCACAUGGUAGCCCAGCCAAACCCUACGCUAGCCCUGAGGAACGACUCGGAGAGGCAGAUACGCGGCACUGUGGACUGGAGUGAGACUGCAGUCUAUGGGGAGCACAUCUGGUUUGAGACCAAUGUCUCUGGGGACUUCUGCUACGUCGGGGAACAGAACUGCACAGCGAAGCUGCUGCAAAAACCUCUCUCCAGGCGUAAGUGUGCAGCCUGCAAGAUCGUAGUGCAUACACCCUGCAUCGAACAGCUGGAGAAAAUAAAUUUCCGCUGCAAACCUUCCUUCAGGGAGUCAGGAUCCCGGAACGUACGGGAGCCCAUAGUUGUCCGGCAUCACUGGGUACACCGGAGGCGGCAGGAAGGAAAAUGCCGGCAGUGUGGCAAGGGUUUCCAGCAGAAGUUUGCCUUCCACAGUAAAGAGAUUGUAGCCAUCAGCUGUUCCUGGUGCAAGCAAGCGUAUCACAGCAAAGUCUCAUGUUUCAUGCUGCAACACAUCGAAGAGCCCUGCUCGCUGGGGGCUCACGCUGCUGUUGUCGUUCCUCCCACCUGGAUUCUGCGGGUCCGACGGCCCCAGAAUCCACUGAAAUCCAGUAAGAAGAAGAAGAGGACAUCGUUCAAGCGGAAAUCCAGCAAAAAAGGGGCCGAGGAAGGGAGGUGGAAACCUUUUGUCAUCAAGCCCAUGCCAGCUCCUCUCAUGAAGCCCUUGCUGGUGUUUGUGAACCCCAAGAGCGGUGGGAAUCAGGGAGCCAAGAUCAUCCAAUCCUUCAUGUGGUAUCUCAACCCACGGCAAGUUUUUGAUCUCAGCCAGGGCGGACCCAAGGAGGCGCUGGAGCUGUACCGCAAGGUCCACAACCUCCGGAUCCUCGCGUGCGGGGGAGAUGGCACGGUGGGCUGGAUUCUCUCCAUUCUGGACCAGUUACGCCUCAACCCACCUCCUCCUGUGGCCAUCCUACCUUUGGGGACAGGGAACGACUUGGCCAGGACGCUGAACUGGGGUGGGGGUUACACAGAUGAGCCUCUGUCCAAGAUCCUGUCACACGUGGAAGAUGGGAACAUUGUGCAGCUCGACCGCUGGAACCUCCAUGUGGAGCCAAACCCUGACGCAAUCCCUGAGGAAAAGGAUGAGGCAGCUGCUGACAAGCUCCCCUUGGAUGUCUUUAAUAACUAUUUCAGCCUUGGCUUUGACGCGCGGGUGACGCUGGAGUUCCACGAAUCCCGAGAGGCCAACCCUGAGAAGUUCAACAGCCGGUUUCGGAAUAAAAUGUUCUAUGCUGGGACGGCUUUCUCCGACUUUCUCACUGGGAGCUCCAAAGACCUAGCGAAGCAUGUCAAGUUGGUUUGCGAUGGGACAGACCUGACCUCCAAGAUCCAGGACCUGAAGCCUCAGUGCCUCGUCUUCCUGAACAUCCCCAGGUACUGUGCAGGCACCAUGCCCUGGGGCAACCCCGGGGAGCACCACGACUUUGAGCCGCAGCGCCAUGAUGAUGGCUGCAUUGAAGUUAUUGGCUUCACCAUGACAUCCCUGGCUGCCUUGCAGGUCGGUGGCCACGGGGAGCGGCUGUGCCAGUGCCGGCAGGUGGUUCUCACCACAUCCAAGGCCAUCCCCAUGCAGGUGGAUGGAGAGCCCUGCAAGCUGGCGGCUUCCUGCAUCCACAUCUCCCUGCGCAACCAAGCCAACAUGGUGCAGAAGACCAAGCGGCGCAACUCCAUGCCUCUGCUCAAUGACCAGCAGCCAGUGCCUGAGCGGCUGCGGAUCCGGGUGAGCCGAAUCAGCAUGCGCGACUACGAGACACUGCACUAUGACAAGGAAAAGCUCAAGGAAGCCUCUGUGCCGCUGGGGAUCAUUGUGGUUCCAGGAGACAGUGACCUGGAGUUGUGCCGGACCCAAAUCGAGAGGCUGCAGGAGGAGGGAGAUGGAGCCAAACCGAAGACACUGUCAUCCCAGAAGCUGUCGCCCAAGUGGUGCUUCCUGGACUCAACCACAGCUGAUCGGUUCUACAGGAUAGACCGUGCACAGGAGCACCUCAACUAUGUGACAGAGAUCUCUCAGGAUGAACUCUAUGUGCUGGACCCAGAGCUGGUGAUCACCCAGACCGUGGGCACCUCUCCUGCCAUGCCUGACCUUGUCGACUCAUCUGCUGUGCCCACUGGGCACCAUUUUGCAUUCCCUUCCUCUUCCUCCUCUCCACCCUCCUCUCCUGCCCCCAGCGCUGAGCCUGAGCACUGCCUCCCGCACAAAGAUGACCUUCUGAUAGAAGCUGCCAAGAGUGGCAACUUCAGCAAGUUCCAAGAGCUGCACCAGGCUGGAAGAGACCUGAUGGUGCGAGACUCCUCGGGCCAGACUGUCCUCCACCAUGCCGUCAAAUCAGGGAGCAAGGACAUCGUCAAAUACAUCAUCGAGAAUGCCCCUUCAGAAAUCCUUGAUGCCACGGAGGAGGAGAACGGCGAAACCAGCUUGCACCAGGCUGCAGCCUUGCGCCAGCGCACUAUCUGCCACUACAUCGUGGAGGCCGGGGCUUCGCUCAUGAAGACGGACCUGCAGGGAGACACCCCCAAGCACCGGGCCGAGAAAGCCAAUGACCCCGACUUAGCUGCCUACCUCGAGAACCGACAGCACUACCAGAUGAUCCAGCGGGAGGACCAGGAGACAGCUGUGUAGUGCUUGGCGUGCCUUAGUUCAGGCCAGCUCGGGCAGGACGAGAAGAGGAUGAUGGCGACUGGCAGAGCUGUGAGUCUGGCCCAGCCUUCCCUAGAUGUCAACCUGGUCCCCAGAGGAGAUGAAGCCAGCAGAGCUCUGCCCCAGGCUGGGCUGGGACUCUGUUUAUGAGGACAGUGGGUAUUUGGGACUUGAAGCCUGGCUCUCUGUGUGUCCCCCGCUUCGCCCCUCAUCCACCACGUUCCCUGCCCUGGAUGGGCUCCAUCCCUGCAGCCCUGUUGGAGCAGGCCAGUUUGAAGCCCCGGGUCACCCUUGUGCAUGGGAGUGAUGCCAGUGCCCCUCCACAAACUCCUACCUAUGAUCCUUGUGGGAUAUCGUUGUUCACCCCCUCUCCUUGCCGACAGUGCCCCUCCUUUAGAUGCUUGGCUAGGUUCAUGUCCUGUUCCUCCUCUCCUGUCUGGCACAGCCGCAGGAG